AUGUUACACAGUUUAGGGACCGCUAUGGAUCGCGUGCUGCAGACAAUGGACCGAUGGGAGAGAGGAAGUCUCCCGGUAAAUCAUACCCCAUCACCCCCACCCGCGUCUCUCCCUACUCCACCGGUCAUCCCUCCAUCGUCAGGACCCAGUGGGAUUCGGCUCUCGCUCCCAGGAGCGUAUGACGGUGCCACUAAAGACAUGGGGAAAAUGUUAGGAGGAGAGGAGGAGAAGGAUCCAGAGGUCGUGAAGAAGAAGAAGGAGGAAGAGGAGGAGAGACAGGAGGCUCUGAGACAACAGGAGGAGGAGAGGAAGGAUAAGCACCGGAAAAUGGAGUCAGAAAGAGAAGUAGUACGACAGUCCAUCAGGGACAAGUAUGGCCUGAAGAAGAAGGAGGAGAAGGAGGCGGAGGAGAAGGCAGCCAUGGAGCAGGCCUGUGAGGGGUCUCUGACGCGCGCCAAGAAGGCCAUCCCAGCCGGGUGCGGAGACGAGGACGACGAGGACGAGGAGAGCAUUCUGGACACCGUCCUCAAGUUCCUCCCUGGACCUCUGCAGGACAUGUUCAAGAAGUAA